ACAGCACGCCGGCCGAUUCCAAGCAGCGACGUUCCCUGUUUGGUCCACCAUCUCGAUCGCCUUGCAACGCGGGCGGCAUGGCGCUACUGAAGCGCAGCUUCACCGCAGCGCUGCUCGACGAGGUCGACGACGACUCGACGUACCCGUUCAAGAUGCCGGGCAGCCUCGCGCGCACCACCGCGCCGGUGGCCAAGAUGAUGCGGCUGUGGAACUACAAGCAAGGCUCGGGCCUCGGCGCGCACGGCCAAGACAUCGUCGUCCCUGUGAAGGCCAUCAAUCAUGGCUCAACCGCCGGCCUCGGCCACCGUGAGAAGACGUACAAGAACGGCGCGCCGGCGCCGUCAUGGCCAGCCCAAGACGAGUGGCACGAGUCGGCGGCCGUCUCACGAGCCCUGCUCCUCGAACGGGAGUGCUGCGAGAAUACCCUCGCGUUGCUGCGUGACCAGCAAAACCAUUACUUGGACCCGACGCAUUGGGAGACCUUCUCCCGGCGUCACAUCCUGCCCAGGCUCACAGGAUGGCUGCAACAACUGAGGAUCACGCCGCCGAAGCAGAUCGACGUCAAGUUCCGCGAGGUGAUGUCGUGGACGCCUGUCGUGCGCACCGAGGACAUGGUGUCAAUCCUAGAACAAGAGUUUUUCGGCAAAUGGGAGAGCGCGCUGCGCCACUGGCUGCUGUCCGCGAGGCCAUCGUCGGGGGAGGCCGCGGGGUGGUGCGCCGGCUGGAAGAACCUCUUCGCCCUGGAGCUGCUCGACGACGAACGCGUGCUCGCAUGGCUGGAGUCUGGCGUUGCCAUGGUGGAUCGAGAAGCGGAAGACCUCAGCCGCCUUGUUUGUCAUACAUAG